GAUAAGGUUCAAUAACCUGUUUACAACACACGCGCUCUGGGGUGGGAAUGCUUUUCUAGACCGUUCUUAUCGAACGAUGAAAGUCUAGCCAUCUGCCAAUCGGCUCUCCAGCGGCGAGGACGAGGGGGAAAUAAGAGCACGUCAGGGAAAAGAAUAGGAUAUGGGACUAUUCGAUAUCAAACCUGGACACAUGUUGAGUUAACGGACCUUGCCGUCUUCCUCCGCCCCACUGAGCGGAUUCGCCCUCUGAUCUCUUCCCCUGAUUUUAAUUCCUGACCAGGGAACCGAUUCACCAUCGCUUCCAUAGCCGCGUUUGAACUAUGGACGCAAAUAAAAUGGCAGUGAGCAUCAACAAGGCCAUCAACACACAGGAGGUUGCUGUCAAAGAGAAACAUGCCAGGACUUGCAUAUUGGGAACGCAUCAUGAGAAGGGGGCUCACACCUUCUGGCUUGCUGUCAACCGCCUGCCCCUCUCCAGCAAUGCAGUACUCUGCUGGAAAUUUUGCCACGUCUUCCACAAACUCCUGAGAGAUGGCCAUCCAAACGUCAUUAAAGACUCCAUGCGGCACAAAUCUGACCUGAACGACAUGAGCAGGAUGUGGGGUCAUUUGAGUGAAGGCUACGGGAAGUUGUGCAGCAUCUACCUCAAACUGCUCAUCACCAAAAUGGAGUUUCACAUCAAAAAUCUUCGUUUCCCUGGCAACCUUCAGAUGUCAAACAGACAGCUUGAUGAGGCGGGCGAGAACGACGUCAAUAAUUUCUUCCAGCUGACGGUGGAGAUGUUUGAUUACCUGGAGUGUGAGCUGAAUCUUUUCCUGGGUGUGUUCAGCUCGUUGGAUAUGUCUCGUUCAGUGUCGGUGACGGCAGCGGGUCAGUGUCGUCUGGCUCCUAUGAUUCAGGUCAUCCUGGACUGCAGUCAUUUGUAUGACUACACCGUCAAACUGCUCUUCAAACUCCACUCCUGUCUGCCAGCUGAUACUCUUCAGGGCCACAGGGAUCGCUUCCAGGAGCAGUUUAAGAAACUGAAGAGUCUGUUCUAUCGCUCAAGUAACCUGCAGUAUUUCAAGAGACUGAUUCAGAUCCCACAGCUUCCUGAGAAUCCUCCAAACUUCCUGCGGGCAUCAGCUCUGUCCGAGCACAUCAGUCCAGUGGUGGUGAUUCCGGCGGAGUCAUCAUCCCCUGAGAGUGAACAUGUGGUUGAGACAGAAGAUCUGGUGGACACGGACAUCCCAUCUUUACCGAGCGCUGUGGAGAGUAAAUUCGAUGACCUUUUCGGCACCUCUGCCGCCACAGACCCGUUCAACUUCAACAGUCAGAACGGCAUGCGCAAAGAUGAGAAAGACCGUUUGAUUGAGCAGCUCACAGCGGAGCUACAGGCCCUGAAAGAGGAGCUGGAGACUUUCAGACUGGAGAGUGGACGUCUUUGUCAAGCACUGAGGGGGCGUGUGAAUGAGCUGGAAGCGGAGCUGGCAGAGCAGACUCACUUGAAGCAGCAGGCACUGGGAGAGAGUGAGUUCCUGAGGGUGGAGCUAGACGACCUGCGCAGGGUCAAAGAGGACACUGAGAAAGAGCAGCGCAGCCUGAACGAAGUUGAGAGAAAAGCCCAAGCAAAUGAGCAACGCUAUACAAAACUAAAGGAGAAAUACACGGAGCUGGUCCAGAGCCACGCUGACCUGCUGAGGAAGAAUGCAGAGGUGACGCGGCAGAUGACGGUGGCCCGUGCCGCUCAAGAUGAGGUUGAGACCGUGAAGAAAGAGAUGCAGGACAGAUUGAAAGUCGUUCAAGAAUGCACAAGUCAGCAGGAGAAGGCACAAUUAGAGCAGCUUCAAGCUCUUCAAGCCGAGCUGAUGUCCAGCAGAACAGAACUAGAGACCCUGAAGAGUACCGUCACCUCUUCCCAACAGUCAAAUGAGCAGCUCAGUACUCAGCUUUCUGCUCUAGAGUCUGAGAAGGCGGGGCUAAUGGGGACCAUAUCUCAGAAAGAAUCGGAGCUGGCAGGUUUGGGGUUGGAGUUAGAGCGUGUGCAAAGCAGUUUGACCACUGAGAGGGAGAGCAGCAUAAAAGCUGCUGAAGCCCUGCAGAACCAACUCAAUGAGAAGGAGAGUCAUGAGCAGGCACUGGAGAGCGAGCUGGUCUCUCUGCGCUGGGCGGCUUUGCGUGGAGCUCUGGAGGAGGCAGAGAGGAUCGUACAGGACAGUCUGGAUCAGCUGGACGACCCCGCACACAUCAGCUGCACCAGCUCCGCCGAUUACCUGGUGUCCAGGUGCCAGGUGGCUUUGGAUUGUGUGGAGAGGCUGCAGACUGCCAGAGAUGGCUUUAUAUCAGAUAACACAGAUUUGUCUGGGCUUGUGCAGGCAGUGACUCAGUUUGCUCACCUGGUGGGCGAUGUCAUAGUGCAGGGCAGUGCCACCUCCCACAUGGUGCCAGUGGAACAAGCUGACGCGUUGGCAGACAGCAUAAAGGCGUGUGGCGCGGAGGCCCUGGCGUUACUGUGCCAGCUCAAGGAGCAGAAGUCUAUGGGGACGGCAGACUGCAGCUGUCUGAGGGCGGCACUGGAUACCACAAUGGCCUUGGGCGAGAAGUUGCGUCCGCGGGGUCUGGAGCUGCAACAGGGGGAGCUGGGAGAUUUGGUGGAACAGGAGAUGGCGGCCACAUCAGCAGCUGUGGAGUCAGCUGCGGCCAGGAUUGAGGAAAUGCUCAAUAAGUCCAGGGCGGUGGAUACUGGAAUCAAAAUGGAAGUUAACGAAAGGAUCUUGGCAUCCUGCACAGAUCUUAUGCAGGCCAUCAAAGUGCUGGUGCUGUCCUCCAAAGACCUGCAGAGGGACAUUGUGGAGAGUGGCAGGGGGGCAGCAUCUAUGAAAGAGUUCUACGCCAAGAAUUCCAGAUGGACAGAAGGUCUCAUUUCCGCCUCCAAGGCCGUGGGUUGGGGUGCCACCAUGUUGGUUGAUGCAGCUGAUCAAAUGGUCCAGGGCAAGGGUAAGUUCGAGGAGCUGAUGGUUUGUUCGCAUGAGAUCGCCGCCAGCACGGCCCAGCUGGUAGCAGCAUCCAAGGUGAAAGCAGACAAGGGCAGCACAAACCUUAUUCGUCUGCAGCAGGCCUCCAAAGGGGUCACCCAGGCAACCGCAGGUGUUGUGGCAUCUACCAAGUCUGGCAAGUCCCAGAUUGAGGAUACGGAUACUAUGGACUUUUCCGCUACGACACUCACUCAGAUUAAGAGGCAAGAGAUGGAUGCACAGGUGCUGGUCUUGGAGCUUGAGAUGCGGCUGCAGAAAGAGAGGGAGCGACUGGGUGAAUUGAGGAAGAAGCAUUAUGAGCUCGCUGGUGUAGCAGAGGGCUGGGGAGGGGAAGAGGAAGGAACGGGUUGAGACUUGUUCUCUGUGCAGCAGUCAUACAGACGGGGCUCUUAACAUCUUUAUAUACACUCAAUAUAUUUCCCCUCUCCCUUUUAAUUGUACUUUUAACACUUUUUCUUGUAUUAUACAUUAAAGCCAAAUAAAAGGUGCUUUUUUUCUACAUUUCUCCCUCUCUUGCCUGUGGAAUCAGGAGAUAAAGAGUAUCACAACAUUGUGUGAUAAAGGGGAGGGAGUGGAAGAAAAGAAAGAUGGAAAUGGAUUGCGGAAUGUGUGGACAGAGAGGGGAGUGCAGUCUUGCUGUACUGUCUUGAGGAUUUUAUUUCCUCUUCCUCCCAAUAUGGAACAGCUGCAUGUAGAGAAUCUACCCCUCCUUCCCCCCUCCAACCAUUCAGAACAAUCCCGUCUCCGCCUGAGACCACACAUCCCAUGAUGAAUUGCACAAGGGUGUGUCACCCCAUUUGCAGUAGUUGUUGACACUGUACUGUGACCCUUCCGGAAUCGACUUUACAAACAGCAGCAAUGUGUGACUUCCACCUCUCGAACCCAUUCUCCUGCGUCAGUCCGACCUCUAGUGAGAGGUGGCUGCCGUCGCAUAGACUCACCCCAAACAGAGGCCUCUCGCCGGGGCACGGCCUUCCCUAGUCUCCCCCUAGCGGACGUCUCUGGACUAUGGACUAAAAAGGACAGUGUUGGACAUUUAUAGAUGAUGACCCACUGUGGACUAACACACGAAAACACUAGCAAACUUUUGAGAGCUCACCUGAACUCGGUAUGACUCACUUCGUCUGGAUGAAUUUGUAUUUUGAUGGUAUUAUAUUUUCUGUUUUCCUUGGAUUAUGUUCCCGAGGCAUUCAUUUUGGAAAGGAAACCCAAAUAGAUCUAAUCCACCGGCUUUUUACUGUUCAAGCAUGUUCUUCUGAGGAAAAGACAUGAGACAAAGUUCUCAAUAUUUUGUCUUAUGUAUGAUCUUUAGGUUAAAUUGUAUAAUGAAGCAUUUCAUGAACUUCAAAUCCAUGACUGAAAAUUGAACUGACUGUUUUUGUGACCUCAUGUCAGGCUAGAGAUCGUUAUUUUUUAAAUAGCUCUGUUUUAGGUCAUAGUCUCCUCAGCACAUAUAGAUAAGGCACCGUAUUGAAAAUUAGUGAGAUUAUCUGUGGUAGUACAGAAAAGCAAGAUUUGGUUUUCCAGGACCAGUUUCCUAGUCUCGCUCUGUUUACACUUGAGAAAAGUGCUGUUUAAGGGAUAGUUCAGCCAAAAAUGACAAUUCUAUCUUCAUUUACUCACCCUCAUGUUGUUCCAAAUCCGUAUGACUUGCUUUUUUCCGUAGAACACAAAAGGAGCUGUUAGGCAGAAUGUUAGGGACUGAUAGCCUCAGUCGCCAAAAAACAAGGUCAAUAUUCUUCCAAAUUUCGUAUGUGAUGACAUAAGUGAUACAGGUUUGGAACUACAUGAGGGUGAGUAAAUGAUCUCAUUUUAUGGUGAAGGAACCGUUUAAUAACUACCAGUAUCUGUUCAUUCCUGUCGUCUUCUUCCGGCUUCACAUACACACACCCCUUCACACUGAGGCUAGGAAAGACGUCCGUGCCUUCCAAAGGGAAAAAGGGUCAAGGAUCACAUUCCCUCAAAAGACCUUUAAAGUCUUGAUGUGAGUAGCAUUAGGCCAGUGUUUUUUAAGUUGUAGUUUGGUAUUGCAAAAUGAUGCUGAGAUCGUGAUGAAUUCACUAGAGAACUGUGUUUUGCGUGAGAACAGAUGUAGCCAUCCUUGCGCCAGCCUCUGUUGUCAACUCUGGUGUGUUUGGUUUGUUUGUGGGAGCUUUCAGAACACUAUUUUCCAACCUUGUGGAUCUUUAAAAGAGUAAAUCUUUCAAAGAAAUAUGAGGGUCAUAUUUUACUCUAAAAUGAAAAAAUAAGAAUAAUUUUGACAUUUUAUUUUGCUUAAUGAACUGAAAGACUGUAUUUAGAACCAUAAAGAGUUGUAAUGUGACAUUAUUUCCAUGACAGUUAGGCAUAUUUUUCUUUUUAAAUUCUCACUAAUGCAAACCAAAAAUUCUCACACCAUAAUUAAACAAGAAACCAUAAUAAAUCAUCCUGAUUGGAAACAAUGGAUUUUGUUUUUUUGUUUUGCUUUUUUGUGCUUUGUUAUUUGUUAGAUUUUAUUAAAAAUGAUGAUAAUUAUUAAUAAAUGUUAAUAUGUAUAUUAAUAAUUAUAUAAUCAUGAAAACUAAUGAAAAUCAUCCUGUUUUUUUUUUCUAUUUUAAUUACAAUUUGGAUAAAUGAAGUCAAUACAACAAAUGCUACCAUGAAAUAUUUACAAUUGUACAUUACAAAUAUUCUUUAUAAUUUCAAUAAUAUUUUUUACACAUUACAGUAGAAUCCUGACAGUUGGGGAAAAGAGGGGUGCUUAAUUGUCAUGAAAAUAAUGUCACAAUGUAAAGAAACCUUAUUGGUUUUCAUUUUCAUCAAGCAACACUUUUUUUUUUUUUUUUUUUUUUUUUGUGUAAAAAAAACAACAAAGCCAGGGCAUUUCUUGAAAAUUCAUGUGGGUUACACCCAAAAUGGAGAUGCGUCAAGUAAGCCAACAUGUGAACAGUUCAAGAGAGGUCUUUCCAGAGAUUGAGCCUCUGUUAUAGCAAUGUAGACCACAUAGCCUUGUAGACCACAACUGUCUACCAGCAGCACAACUCUCCCCAGGGCUCGGCUAAACCUGAGCACAGGGACUUACAGUCUUGUAGUCAUAUACAAACAAUGGUUACCUCAACUUCUCCACAAAGCAGAAAGAGAAAUGGUCCCUUUGUGGUCCAAUUGACUCAGUUUGAACAUGACCUGGGUAAAGAGUGUUUGUGUACUCUAAUACUAAUAUAAUGUCUGUACUGGCAGUGUGUAUUUGUGUUUCUGUGAGUGGAUGCUGUGAGACUGAGAUAUGAUAUACUGUAUAUCCCUUAUGUUGUUGUCUUAAUACUCUCGUAUUUUUUUCACACGUUGCACUGCUUUGGCUGUUAAGUUAAAGGGAAAGUUCAUGCUAACAUGAAAAUUCUGUCAUCAUUUACACACCCUCAUUAACAUUCAUUGCAUUUGUUUUCUCCAUACAGUGAUAGUGAAUGAGGCUAACAUUCUGUUUAACAUCUUUUGUGUUGCACGAAAGUAAGUCAGUCAAAUGGGUAAAUGUAAAUGAUGACAGAAUCUUCAUUUCUGGGUGAACAUUUACUUUAAGUUCCGACACUGGGUAUUUAAUUUCAGUUUUUCUGGAGUGUAAUCACAUCCGGCUUUGGUUUUUUUCACCGGUUCGAUUUGGUUGUCUAGUCUUACCAGCUCAGCCAGCCACUCAGCUGCCUAUCACUUUUGUUAAUGUAAAAACAAAAAUGCUCAAUAACAUUUUGGAAGAUAUCUUGGUAUGAUAUAUACUAAAACUGUUGUUGUUUUUUUCAGUUUUUAAA